AUGGAAAACCUUCCGGUCAAAGUCAACGAGCAUCGAGUGACUACGAUUUCUCCCCAUCCAGUCCCGCUCGCUCCCGCCUCCACAAAGAUACAUCCACAAGCCCAUCCGCAUCCCUACCCCGGUCUUACUGCAGAGGAAUUUCCGAUUUUAUCACCCAACAACUGCCAAGCAUGUGUGCGCAAAAAAGUCAAAUGCAAUCGCACCGUGCCUAGGUGUGCCAGCUGCGCCAAAACCAAUCUCGAAUGUGCGUAUCAGCCGCGACCACCGCGGCGAAAACGAAAGCGCAGCCAGAGCGGCAAUGACAUCCACGAACGUUUAGCCCGUUACGAGCGCAUCCUGUACGACCACAAUCUCCUUCCAGCCGCCGGCGGACCUAUCAUCAAAGAUUCAAGCUCUUCCGAGAUUUCAGCGGGUCGCACACAGCCGCAGACUCCUCAUUCCGCAGAUACCCAGGCUAACCAUCCCACCGGCGAUCCAGUUCCUCCAGAUAGCAAUCCUCGGUACAUUGACAGCGUGCUGCUACUCGACGCGGGCGAGGGCGAUCUCUGUGAACUGGCUGAUUGCGAUCAAGAGGAAAGCGAUGGGGAUGGGCCCAAUGAUGAGGAGCCCAGUCCAGCCGCUGCGCUUGAUGUCCUCGCCGCACAAUCGAUUGCCGGCGCAAUCCUCGGGAGCACAACGAGUUUGACAAAGUUACAUCCGAGCCAUGGCCAUGCAAUGAAGCUCUGGCAUAUUUAUGUAGAGAAUGUGGAACCGCUCUGCAAAGUACUCCAUGUGCCCACGAUUGCCAAAAUGGUGGCCACCAUCUCCAAGAGCCCGGGGGUCGCGUCCAAGAACGACGAGUGCGUGCUCUUUGUCAUCUACUAUUUCGCCGUCUUUUCCCUGUCAAACGAGGAUUGUCUACGAGAGUUCGGUGAUGCAAGGACCAGUCUGGUUGAAAAGUAUCGGACUGCUGUGACCAAGGCACUCGUCAACGCAUCGUGGCUCAAGACCACAGCCAUGCCUGUGUUGCAAGCUUUCACGCUUUUCCUCAUUGCUUUACGUACCCAAAUUGGGUCACACACAUUCUGGAUCCUGACAGGAAUUGCUAUUCGCAUGGCUCAACGGAUAGGUCUGCACAAUGACAGAGAAAGCCAGGGGCUGUCGCCGUUCUUGGUACAGAUGCGCCGUCGACUCUUCUGGCAAAUAGUCCCCUUAGAUAGCUAUGCUGGUCAAACUUCGGGCACUGGUAUUUCAGUUUCCCCUGAGACAUGGGAUACCAAGCAACCUUUGAACAUCGAUGACGACCAGAUCUUUCCUGGGAUGACCGAGGUGCCUUCUGAGCAGCGAGGGGCGUCUGAGAUGAUCUUCUGCUUAUCCCGCAUGGAACUAUCAAAUUUCUACAAUAGGACCGGGGUGAAGCUGAUGGACAAGGGAGGGAUGGUCCAAAUGAAGAACCGCGAGGAAAUUGAACGUCUCAUCGAUGAAGUGGAAGAUCGAAUUGAGCUGAAAUACCUACGGUACUGUGACAUUUUGAAUCCUUUACACCUCGUCACUACUGGCAUGACGAGAUCUGCGGUCAAUGCCGCUCGAUUGCGAGCCCGCAUGCCGCUUCUGAUGCAGGAAAGCACCAGCGACGAGGAGCGAAGAAAAACUUGCAUACUCGCCAACAAAGUUCUGGACACGAUUAGUGCCAUGUUGAGCAAUCCCGCCCUACAGAAGUUUCGAUGGCAGAUUCAAGCAUUCUUUUUGUGGGACUCGUUGCUCUGUUUACUUAGGUGUAUUUCCAAGGUUGGGUUUUAUUCGCCCCCAGAGCUUGAUUCCGCCUGGAAGCGGGUCUUCGAGGUUUAUGCAAAUCACGAGACAUUACUGUUGGGCCGAAGAAAUUUGUUCUUGACAAUUGGCAAGAUCACCCUCGAUGCCUGGCAGCUCAAUCCGUCGGGCAAUGCCAGCCCUGAGCCGUCUUUCAUCACCUCACUCCGCGCUCAACGCGAGCCCAAGGGUACUGACCGGCGAGAUGGCAGUGUGUCCUCGACAGAACAUGCGACGGAUGGUGCUUUCUUCUUCGAUGAGCUAUUUGGCGACAUGAAUAACCAUGGCCCUAGUAUGAGUAACGCCUUUGAGGGUGACUCGUCUUCUGAUUGGUUGUUCUGGGACCAGAUGUAUGGUGGGACCAGUCUGACAUGA